UUCAGGAUGUGGAGCUGGAAAACUGUGGCGGCGGCGGUGGAGGCGGCGGCCUCUGGCUGCGGACGUGGCGCCCGACGCGACCCGCCCCCUCCGCCGCCUCCUCAGCUCCCGCCUCCUCCCGCGGCUCCGGCUCCGAGGCGCACGCGCGCUCUUGCAGCCCGGGCCCCUCCCGCGCCCACCGGGCCUACGCCCACCCGUUUCUCGCAGGGUCCGGCCCUCCCAGCAGUCCCCAAGCGGCCUUGUCCCUAUUGCGCACGCGCGACGCUCCGAGGCCCGCUCCCGCCCUUUUGCCCUCUGGGCGCCUCCGUGGGAACCCCCCGGCUGGCCUGCGCGCGCCUCCUCCGGGGGUCUCCCCGCCUUUUUCCGCCGCCAUCCAAUCAGAUCGGGCGAGGGGCGCGAAGCCCGGGAGACGCGUAGGCCGCGGUCCCCAGGCCUGGUGCUUUGGCAUCUGCGGCUGCCCGGAGUCGCGUUCCGCGCCGAGUAACGGUCUUCAGAAUUCAGAACCUUCGCCUUAGGGAAGGUGGGACAGUCGCCAGUUUCUCCAGCACUUUCUUCGUCCAGGGACGUCCGCCUGCCUUGCCUGCUGUCCUCAGGGAGUGACAGCGGGGCCUGCUCAGACGUUCACGUCGGGGCUCUCUACAGGCCUUUGUGACUAAGUGCUAGGGGUGAGGAGAGACGUGUCUUAUUUAUGUGUUUUUCAGUUUGUUAUGAUUUUUUUUUUUAUUUUACUUCUCCCUGCCCUAAAAUUGAGCUCCUUGAGUAAAAACCCGCCUGGGUCGCCAUCACCCUAGGCUUGGUGCAGGGCCUGCCAGGCGCUCGAAAUUUGUUGAAGAGGUGGGUGUUUAGUAUCGAAAGAGCCGCAGAUUGGGCAUUAGAAAGCCUGGCUUGCGCCGCGUCCUUGCCACUGGCUUACCAGGCCCCUCCACGUGGUCCCCGCCGUGGCAGCAGCUCUCCUUGCCCGUCCAAAGGCACGGGGAGGCGCGCGGCGGCCCCGCCUGAGCUGAGUCCCCUGGAACGUGAGACCGUCUCGCUCUGAGCUUCAAAGCGGGGUUGCAGGAGCCACCUCAAGGUCGUUUUGAGGACUGGAAGAGAUGAACUGCUCAAAGCCUGCUUAACUAGAUCAAUGGUAUCGAUUAACUUUUCUUUGACUCCCUUUCCACACCUAUAAAAUGAAGAUGACGGGAAACUUGUCAUACGUUUGUUUGUGGUUGGUGGGAAAGGUCUUUAUGAACUGUGAAGUCUUAUGCAAACGUGAGAUGUUUCCUUUCGCAAUCUGAAUAGCAACUCAAAACAUAUUGAAGCAAAAACACGCGAAGUCAAAAACAUACACAGGAAGCAAAAAAAAAAAACCCUCACAAAAUGGUUUAUCAACUGCAGAAUAUUCAGGAUGGUGGAACUGAAUGAUAACUAUUGAUGACAUAGCUCAGAAAGGACAUGCUAAAGCAUGCUGGAUGAAGCUAACUUUGAUCCGGUCUUAAAUGGAAUGGGCUAUAGUUUAUAGCUUCAACCUAAAUAUUAACUUAUGAAAUCAGAGAAUUAAGGCCACUUAAGCCACUGUGCUCAGACUGUCAAGAUAUUUUAGUUUCUCAAAGCAGAAAGAGGAAAUUAAAUAAUCUUGUCAAUUCAACAUAUGGGUUGGAUGAUUAGCAGGAUCCAUGGAUUGUUCUGUUUAUCCAGUAUGUGAAGAAACGGAUAUCUUCUGUUCUCUUGUUAUUACAAAAACUUCUGUCCUUAAUAUGUGACCUUUGAAGGUUGAACUCUAGGUAAAAUUAUGAAGUGCACAGUUACGUCUUUUUUCUUCUCUUUGCACGUCGUUUUACAAGAGAAUCUAAUUAUUAUCAAAAUACAAAUGACUGACAAGAUUUUAGCCACUCCUGGGAGAUUUUGCAUUUUUACAGUUGUUAAACACCGUAACUCAAAGCA